AUGUCACCUUCUACAAAGGAAAAGAUCCAGGGUUCAGUCCUCUUUCCAGAUCCCACAUAUGCUAAAGAGGUGAAGGAUCUCCUCGAUGACAGCUCUUCAGAGUCGAUUGACACUGUUGCGACCAAAAAGCGCAAGCGGGGAGAUCGAUCUGGGGCCAAGUAUUUGACGACGAGUUCCGCAAUGGAGACCCUGUCCCCGGGAUCGAUUCACUCCAAGACCCCCAAGACGUCACGCAACAGGUUGCACAAGUCCUUACACAAGAAGGGCUCUAGGAGAGGCAACAGUCCCACCGAGUAUGCCAUGCCGCAUGAAAUAUUACGGUCCACACCUCCCACGUCCACCCUACGAGAAUUCGCGCCGAAGUCGUCGGAUCAGAAGGUCGCUAAGGAAGCUACUUCUACAAUGCCCACGCCCACGAAUUCUUUUGAACUCGGAGAUCUCCCACCUUCAGAGUUCAUCGUCCCCCGCGAUCUGGAGUUUGGUUUGGGCAUAUUUGAUUGCUCGUCGGAGAGGGAAAAUUCAUGCAACCCAGUCUCCGAAUACCUACUCGAGCAGCAGAACGAAAUGCCCACUCCGUACACCCCAGUUUUGCGUGCGGUGUCGCAGUACAAUGAGCGCCUUCGGGGCCAGUGUGGAAGCGGGUGUGAGACACAGAUGGUGCGCCAGAUGUAUGAUGAGCUAGGUGAUAUCUCUGAGCGCAUUGAAAACAUUAUGCGUGGGAUUAGUGUGAUGCUAGAGAAGAAUGUGAUGGAUGAUUGUGAAUUCAAUGGUUUCGAUGAUCAAUUUGGUGACCAUUCUGAGGAGGAAUUCCCCGGUGCGCUCAAGGGCGGUUCUAAAAGCCCGUUGGGGUGGAGCGAUGGGGAAGACAAUGCACUCUUUGUGGCUGAUGAACGCGUUUACCCUGGUGAGUGUGGCAGCGGCGUGUAUGGGGAUGACUAG